AUGCCACAGGAACUGGCCUUCUUGUUCACCAAGAUCCUGGUCAAGAUAACGCCGGAGCAAAUGAUCUACAUGUGGAACGUGCUGACAUUCAUCUUCUGCUUGCAGUGCCUGAUGAUCAUCUCGUGCUGUGCGGCCCUUGCCGUGUUCCCGGAGCACUACAGGACCUGCACGCUCUGCUUUGGCGCUCCAUUCGCCUACAUUUGCAUCCAGCAGAUCUACAUCGAUCAUGAUGUAAUGCACGGAGUGACGUUCCCCGUGUACGAGUUCCAAAAGCUGCACAGGGCGGUGGAUGCCAAGUUCAAGUAUUGUGGCAACUACUACAACCGGCAGUCGAAGGUAAAGAAGCCGACAAUGAAGCCGAGCAAGGAGGCAAAGAAGCGGCCUGCGGAAGAGGUGUCGAUUGGAGAGUGGGAGGGAGGAAAAGGGAACUCCAGGCACUUCACGGUGUCGCCGGAGCGCUUCAAGAAGUUGGCUCAUGCAGCCCUACAGCAGUGGGCUGGACCCAUGGGGCCAAACUGGUACAAGUACUUGUUGACGGUGCCGUGGAUCCCUGUGAUUCAUUUCUUCGGCCUGAAUGACACCGGCUUCCUCUUCACGCUUGAGUGGUGGAUGAGCUUCCCCGAAGCCGAUGCGAGCUGGCGCUUCGUGCUUCCAGUGACGUGUGCGGCACGUGUGGGCUUCUCCCUCGCCUGGAUGUUUAUCACGAACUUCACGCCCUCGCUCCCCUGGAACAAGUUCUUGGAGAAGGACCCGGGCCGCACCUGGCCAGUUCUUCACAAUGUCAUGGCCUUGGCCGUGGGGGGAAAGCACCGCUGGAAUGAGAUGCUGUUCCACGACGUGCACCACGCCUUUCCCAACGCCUUGGGUACCCUCAGCCAACGGGGCCGCUUUCACGGCUGGAAGAAGGCUUGGGAGGGCAGGGUUGAGGGUUGA